AUGCCUCUUUCCGUUGACCCUGAUUUCCAAACGGCCUGGGGGCCGAUCGCCUCGGCGAUGGCCAGCGUUCCCAAAGUUGCUGUGCAUGAUGUUGCGACAAAGCGAGCUAGAUUCGACGCCGCAAUGCCGGCGUUCGUGAGUUUAAUUCCAGACUCUCCGGAUGUGGAAACAGCCGUUUUCCAGGUUGACAGCUACGACGGGGCCAAAAUUUCCGUUCACGGUUUCACCAAGAAAAGCGUUGAUGCCCUCUCACCCGGCCCGGCCAUUCUUCACGUCCAUGGCGGCGGGAUGAUUGUCGGGUCAGUCGGAUCAUUCGAGAGGACCCUGGCGAUCGAGGUACAGCAAACCGGCAUCCCUCUGUACAGUGUCGAAUACCGUCUGGCCCCUGAAGCCAAAGACACCAGUCUGGUCCAAGACUGCUAUGCCGCUCUUGUCUGGCUCGGCCAAAAUGCGAAGCAGCUCAACAUCGACCCAACGAGGAUAGCGAUCUUGGGAGAGAGCGCGGGAGGAGGGAUAGCGGCCGGCGUGGCACUGAUGGCACGGGAUCAAAACCUGCAACCACCUCUCGCAAAGCAGAUCCUCACGUAUCCCAUGUUGGACGACCGCAACCUGACCCCAAACCCAGCCCUUGCACAACUGGCGUCGUGGACAUACGACGACAACAUCACGGGCUGGACGGCCUUGCUGGGAGAAAAGGCCGGCAAUCUCAAUGCAGAUGUCUCCUACUAUGCCGCUCCAGCGCGGGCGAAGAGCCUGGCCGGCUUACCACCUACAUUCAUCUACGUGGGAGAGUUGGAUAUCUUCCGUGACGAGGACAUCGCCUAUGCUCAACGGCUGGCAGCGGAGAACAUCAGUGUAGAGUUUCACCUUUUCCCAGGCGUUCCACACGCCUUUGAGCUGUAUUGCCCUGAUACGAGGACGGCCAAGACAGCUCUAGAGCUGAGGCGUAGGGCCUUGCAGAGCUUCUGA